GCGGCGCAGUUUACUGCUUGCGGUAGUUGUAGUGCGCCUAUGAACAUUCCAGUAGAUUUCCUCGGUGGGGUUGUAUGUCUAGAUCUGUGGGUGCACUUUUGAAUAGGUGCUGCUGGCUUUGAGUAUCUGCACUGUGAAACUUCUCAUUGGUCUUGGGAGCAGGUUUCUGCACUGAAUGCACUGACCAGGUAUUAAAGACAAGUAGGUGCCAGGCACACCGGUUUGUGUCAAAAACUGCAACGCCACUGGGUUUUUCCAUGCUCAACAGUAUCCCGUGUGCAUCAAGAAUGGUCCACCACCCAUAAAACAUCCAGCCAACUUGACACAACUGUGGGAAGCAUUGGAAUCAACAUGGGCCAGCAUCCCUGUGGAAUGGUUUCAACAGCUUGUAGAGUCCAUGCCCCAACAAAUGAAGGGUUGUGGGGGGGAAGGAGUGUGCAGCUGACUCUUUGUCCAUCAUAUUUUAAUCUAACAAUUGUAUUAGAAUCUCCUACUGUGUAAUCUGUUCAUAUGCAUAGAUGCAAGAAUUUCACAAAAUGUCAACAAGAACAAAUAGGGUUCUGGACAUUAUUAGAUCAGACUUAAACAGUAUAAUGAUGGUCAUGAUGACACUCUUGUUAAAUUGGUAAUACUUGUGCAGAAAUGAGAUGUAAAUCUUCCAAUGAAAGUACUUCCAAUGAAUAAUGUCCUACAUGAGUACUUUAGUUACUGGCAAUUAAUUAUUUCUGCUUUGAACUACCAAGAAAUCAUGAGUUGGGUACUUUGUCCUCUAUCUGUAGACAUUAAGGGCAGAGCAAUCAAACCCAGAGCAGCUGAUUGCUUCCUGUGUCUGUCGCAGUUUAGAGGUUUUCUUCAUGAAUCUUGUUCUGGAGGCAGCUCUGCAGAGUAGUCACCAGCUGGCACAGCCACUGUCAUAACAUCUGAUUUUAAACCUACUCUUAACCACACUGCUAACCCUAACGCCUAACCUUAAAUUAAGACCAAGAAACAUAUGUUUUGUUUUCAUGAAUUUUUACAAUAGAGCCAAUUUUGACUUUGCAGCAGGCCUAUCUAAAGGGAAAUCACUCAAUUCUGCCUCCAGGACAAGACUUAUAACAAUAAACGUCAACCUGUAUAUCUGUCACUGUAGUAAAGUGAAACAUGUCCUAAAUCAUUAUGAUUUUUUUUGUGUGAUAACAUGCCACUCCCUUUAUUCCCAAGGAGCCAGAUGUCUUCACAUUGCCCAUCUGUACUAUUCUUGACCAUUCCCUCCCUACCACCCUCUAGUCCCACUCUGACUCUGGGUGCCCUUUGUAAGCAACCCUGUAAACAAAUGCAAUCUGCCUCUCCAUUGGCUUUGCCUGCCCCCUGUCUCUCCUGACCUUUCCUGUGCAUAUUCAUGAGGCUUCCUGUCGCCGUGUGUGUGCCUGUACAGCUGCUUGGUUCUGAACUGUGUGUGGAGAGAGGGAGGGAGAGAGACGGAGAAAGGGUGACGAGUGAGCUGGGAACAGCAGCAGGGAACAGCAGCAGGGCUGGAGGCUUCAGCCAUGUCAGUUUUCUCUACAACGCUGGACAGACGAUGAGAAGAGAGGAACCAUGGCCUUGUCACUGAGUGCAGACGAAGAGGAUUAUGAUUCAGAAUCUGAACAGCAACGAGAAGCCAACCGGCCAAAGCCCAAGAUGGGAACUUCAGCAGCGGUCAAGCUGCCGUCCAAUCGCAGUGCGUCUGGCGCCAGACGCAGGAGAACACGCUGCCGAAAGUGUGAGGCGUGCCUCCGAACUGAGUGUGGAGAAUGUCACUUCUGUAAAGACAUGAAGAAGUUUGGAGGACCAGGGCGCAUGAAGCAGUCCUGUAUCAUGAGGCAGUGCAUUGCACCUGUCCUGCCCCACACAGCUGUGUGUGUGGUGUGCGGAGAAGCAGGGAAGGAGGACACAUUGGAGGAGGAGGACAAGUUCAACGUCAUGCUCAUGGAGUGCUCCAUCUGCAAUGAGAUUGUCCACCCCAACUGCUUAAAGGUAAAAGAUGCUUCUGGCGUGGUGAACGAUGAACUUCCUAACUGUUGGGAAUGUCCCAAAUGCAACUACGCUGGGAAAACCGGAAAAGUCUGCAAGCAAAAAAGGGGACCAGGGUUCAAGUAUGCGUCUAACCUCCCUGGCUCCCUGCUGAAGGAGCAGAAGGCAGUCAAGGAGGAGGGUGAGGCCACGUCUACGUCUACAGCCAAGAGAAAGCCUGAGGGGGAUGAUAUCUCAAGACACAGACCUGAGGAACGGGAGCCCCUCCACAGACACCCCCCAGUCCUGACCCCCAGCACCCUGCCUCGGCCCAGACCUGAGGACAAACUGAGGAAGAAGAGGAAGCUCUUCGACGAUGACGAGGAAGAGGACUUCAGUGUGAGGAAGAAGGGAAAGGCAGAUGAACCUCUGUUCCCCAAACUCCUUCAUCAGAUCAAGACUGAGGAGGAAGACCAGGAGGAGGAAGUGGAUGAGGAGGAGACGGACUCUCUGUUCUGGCGAGGCCUGGAGAGGAGAGAUCGUUUAGGAGAUACCGAGGACUGGGCAGAGGAUGGGGAUGGCAAAGACACAAAGACAAACUUUCCAAGGCCUCCUCUCAAAACUCCUGUUCUAGACAGUGACCAGUCUCACUGCAGCUCGCCACAGGCUGGCCCCAGCAGCGAGAGUGGCAGUGAACCCCAGGAGAAGGGCCCACGCCCCAAAGCGCGCCGCAAACGCCGUUUACCCAACAAGGAGCUGAGCAAAGCACUGAACCAGGAGAUCCAAAAGACUGAGGACUGCCUAGCCAAUGAGAACCGCCAGCCCCUCAAGGUGGAGCCAGAGAGUGAGAAUGAGGAGCCCAAGAGGGGCUUUCACAUCGGCAGUGACCUGGGAGGGGAGCGCCCCCACCUCCGGACCAAGGAAAUGAACGGCACCCCCUGGGAGCUGCGCCACUUCUACCCCAGCCAGAUCACCCCUCUGGGCUUCAACAGGAGCUCCCCUGGCACCCGGCCCCUGCCCCCACGCUCCCCACCCAAGUGUGUCCAAAUGGAGCGCCACGUAAUCCGGCCACCCCCCAUCAGCCCCCCGCCAGACAGACUGCCCCUGGUGGACGGGAAGACCCAUGCAGUUCAGCGAGAGGUCUGGAUGAAGCUCUUUGGGCACUUCACACACAAGGAGCUGUGUGUCUGUAUGCGUGUCUGCAAGACAUGGAAUAGAUGGUGCUGUGAUAAAAGACUGUGGACCAACAUCGAUCUGAACCGCUGUAAAUCUAUAACUCCCCUCAUGCUGAGUGGCAUCAUCCGCAGACAGCCCCUCUCACUGGACCUCAGCUGGACCAACAUCUCCAAGAAGCAGCUGAGCUGGCUAAUAAACCGCUUACCAGGUCUGCGGGUGUUGCUGCUCUCAGGGUGCUCGUGGGUGGCUGUGUCUGCCCUCUGCACCUCUAGCUGCCCUCUGCUGCGCACCCUGGAUGUGCAGUGGGUGGAAGGGCUCAAAGAUGCCCAGAUGAGGGACCUGCUGUCGCCCCCGACCGAUAACAGACCAGGUCAGUUGGACAACCGCUGUAAACUGAGGAACAUCCUGGACUUGCGUCUGGUCGGGCUGGACAUCACAGAUGCCUCUCUGCGUCUGAUUAUCAGACACAUGCCGUUACUUUCCCGACUGGACCUGAGCUACUGCAACCACAUCAACGACCAUUCGGUCAACCUGCUGACGGCCGCAGGGACCACAACCAGAGAUUCACUCGCAGAGAUCAACCUGUCAGUUUGUAAUAGGGUGACAGACCAUUCCCUUACCUUCUUCAAGCGCUGUGGAAGCAUCUGUCACAUUGACCUGCGCUAUUGCAAACAGGUGACCAAGACGGCCUGUGAACAGUUCAUAGCAGAGAUGUCUGUGAGUGUACAGUUUGGACUCAAAGAGGACAAAUUACUGCAGAAACUCAGUUAGACACAGACAUCAAGGCCAAACAGCAAAAAAUAACUACCCUUUGCACUAAAUGGAGCAAGACAAGGUUUCCCCCAUCAAGCCUGCACUGGUUGGUUUUGUAUGUUUGUUUCUUCUUCAUUGGAGAAUCUACUGUGUUAGAUUUGUGAAUGAACAAUGUCACAUGAGUUGAUGAGAGGAGCAGAAGCGUGUAAAUUAACAAGGGGGAUGGUCAAAAUGUUUGCAUCAAUGUCUUUCUGGAUGUUACAAACCCAUCCUUGUACUGAAAGGCAAAGAUGUCAUGGACAGGAGAUGGGGAGGGAAAACAAAGCAUAAAGUAGUUUCUUUUUGUGUUAAGAUUGUACCUUUUUCAAAGGCUUGUGUUUGUUGGAUUUAAUUUGUUGGGGGAUUUGUUUUCUAUUACUUAUACAUGUUAAAUGUUUAAGACAUUUUUUUUGUACAACAAUAAUUCAUGCAUUGGGAUAACAUUUGACGUUAUAGUGAAGCUUUAUGUAUGCAGUACCAUACUCACCCCAGAUUUCAACUCUUAGAUCUGAAUAUUGACCUACAGUACUUUAAAUCAGCUUGACUUGACACCGAUGGUAAUAUGUAUUUUUGGAUGCUAUUUUUUUUACCUGGUAUCAUGUGCCAAAUUCUGAAGGUGACAUUACAAGUUAAUGGUAGUUACUGACUUGGACUGGAAUUAAUUUAAUACUUUACUUUAAAAAAUGAACAUAAGACUAUUAUUAUGAAAUAAUACAUGUUUUAAAUGUUUAAGUAAAUAAGAAUUGAAUAAAUGUUGCAAAUAUGGUUGGGUUAAUGAAUAUAUCUUGAAAUUAAUCAGUCAAUAAAUAUUGACAUAAGGAAUGUUAGUCAAAUGUAUUUUUUCAAUCUCUCAGUACCUUCUGCAUUUUCCUAUGUUUCGUACAUAUGUCAAUCUGUUGUUUCACAUGUUUUAGCACUCAAGAGCCCAUAAUGUGAGAUUCUGUCAAGUAAUUGAAUCAUCUGCUUUAAAGGGCCAAUCCACAUUUAAAACAAUAACAAAGCGAUCCCCGCCUCUGUUUUGGUAAAAGGCUGAGGGCUGGGCCUGGAGAAAUGUAAUCCCUCUCAAAUCGAAGACUUACAAGAAUGCAACGACUGACCAUCCAAGAUAUCAUAAUUAUAGUUUUAACCAUGUUUUGAGGCAAUACAGUUUGUUUACAAACAUUGGAGGAUUACAAGCUUAUAUUUUGAGUUCUGAUGGGAUACGAUAGUUGAACUAAGCUCAUAAGGCAUUUGUAAGGUAUUUUCAAGAAUCAAUGAGUAUUUAUCAUUAAUUUCUAAUCCAAAAAUGAGUGUAGUAACUGCAGACUGCCCCUUCACUGUUUCCACAGGUGCAUACAGUCACAGUGGCCUCCAGACUUGGCAUGUAAUGAGUUUCUUUGAAAGAGCAUUUGAUCAUCCUAUUUUUAAUUCAAGAUCGACUAUCUAUUCAUUUUGUAUUUAUUUAUAUUAGUUAUUAUCCAUAAUUGUGAUGUAAUUAUAAUUUGCCAUUUUCUGUUGACCGUGACCUACAAUGUCACAAGUGAAUGAUAUUGGCCACCUUGAAUACAGAUGCACAUGAUGUAGUUGUUUAUAUUUGUAAAUCUAAAAUCUAGUGCUAUGAUUGUCAUUAAAAGUAUAUUUCUAUGUAUAAAA